GGUGUGCAGAUGCUGGAGCUGACGUAGGUUCCUUAAGACCUCUGUGUCCUGGUGGAUGGUGUUCAUUUCUGAGACGGCACAGAGCAAGCACAUCCCGAAAAUAAAAUGAGGACCUUUGUGGCGUUGCUCCUCGUUAUGGUCCUUGUGGCUGUUUUUACUGACGCCUCUCCUAUCUUACCAGAGAAGCAAGCCAAGCAGAUUUUGAGAGCCAAGCGUUCCGAGAGGGAAAGAAAAGCCGGACAUCACGAUGAGCCGAUGAGGGAAUACAUGAUGUAUCUGCAACGUCUGGAGCAGAGAUCAGAAGAGCAAUUUUUCGAACACUGGUGGAAUCCACAUUGCCAGCCUCAUUGCAACCGCAACAACGUUAAUCCAGUUUAAAGCCUUUGGGUAAAAGAAGAUCAUGAUCCGGAUCAAAGAAACAAGAAACGAUGAGAAAAGCUCCGGUUUUGUGCAUGCAAGAAUUUUUCCCCAUGAGGCCGAACACACUUUUAGAAAAGGGACACAAAAUCCUUAGUACUUAGAGAGGAAGUGAUGUAGCUUUUAUUUUAAUUCCUUUGUCUUUGCAAGUUCAAAGUAUGAUGGGAUAGAGAUUUGAGGAGUAUAACUGGUAGGACUGGUUAAUUGUUUAAUCGGAAAAUCAAUCUAUAAUUCUAAAAGCUGAUAUUAACAAGAUUGUCAGGACUCCGGGGUAUUUAGAAUGAGCAAUUAUAGUGCAAAGUUCUAAAAAGUGGUCUUACUGCCAUAGCAACCAGUGGAAUGUUCUUGCUUAUUGCGUAAUAUUCCAUUGGUUUCUAUAAUUCCUCUCAUACCAUUCUAUAUAUAUUAUUUGCAUGACUGUAUGAAAU